AUGAUCAGGCCGCGGCAUGGGGUGGCGCCGUCACCAUCGCUAUCGCCACCGUCUCCACCUCCGCCAUUCCCUCUGCCGCCUGCUGCGACAGCCUCGACCCGCUCGCCGACUGCAGCGACAGCUGCCCGCCGCAGGCCGGGCCAAGCCCGCUCUGCCGUUCCGGCCUCGCCGUCGCCGAGUCCCAGCCCGCCACCGCGGCUGCGUCCUCUUUCGGCAUCGCUCUCUGGUGCCUUGUCCUCGGCUGUCUCCUCCGCGGCGCCCUCGCUAGCCUUUUCAGGCCUCUCUUCGGCAGCUGGGUCGGCGGCCGGUUCGGCAGCUGGCUCGCCACGCAUCGUGGCUACCGCGUUGGUCCGCCCGCGGCUCCGUGGGCGACACACCACAGUCAUCAUUCCAUCGCCGUCGCUCUCACCGUCUUCGCACGGCUCACGAUCAAGGUCACGAUCAAGGUCGCGGUCGCGGUCGCGGUCGCGGUCUCCGCGUCGGCCGUCGGGUGGUGGUGCUGGCGACGGCGGUCGUGGGCGUGCCGUGCGGCGGCAGGUUACGCUUGAUGUACUGCCGCCUACGUGGGAUACAGCGUUGGCAGGCGACGGAUCCGAGAUUGGCGAAGAGGUGCUUGCAGAGAUGGUGAGCGGGGCGUCGCGCGAUGAGCUCGUGCAGGCCGCCGACGUGACGACGCUCGCGGUCGGCCUGGCGGCGUUCCUCAAGCCGCCUGAAGAGCGGCAGGCUGGUGGUGAAAAUGCCGGCACCUUGAAGCUGCUGCGCGAGUUGGCGGGCGUGUAUCUCAUUCUAGGUGAUAGGCAGCGGCACCGGGCGUACUCGCUGGCUGCCAUUGCUCUGGCGUCGGCGCCGGAGCCGGUGACUACCGCCGCGCAGGCGCGCGCGCUCCCCGGCAUCGGCCCUUCGAUUGCUGCCAAGAUUGAGGCGUUUGUGAAGACCGACCGGUGCGCGGUCCUGGAUCGAAUUUACCUCUCACGCAAGUGGGAGGUCAUGUCGCGGCUGGUCGGCAUCUGGGGCGUGGGUCCGUCAACUGCCGCGCACUGGAUGGCACGCGGCAUCGAGUCGGUCGAGGCCUUGCGCGAGUCGGGCACCCUGCUCUCGGACCGCCAGGCCAUGGGUGUCAAGUUCUACGAUGACUUUCAGGCACGCAUGCCGCGUGACGAGAUCGACGUCCACAUUGGCGUCGUCGCCAAGGUCGUCGACGAGCUGCCGGACGCCAGAGAUCUCGGCCUUGUCACCGUGCCGGCCGGCUCGUGGCGCCGCGGCAAGAGCUCGGCCCACGACGUGGACAUUCUAGUUACCACCCGUGAACUGCAGCCCAUGGCUGCCCUCGUCGGCAUCCUCGACAAAAUCGUCGACGCUCUGUACGAGCUUGACUACGUCGAGGCCACACUGCGGAAGAGCUACGGCAUCGGAACUCGCAAGCACCCGUCUCGGAACUCGCUCUCGCUUGCGGUUGAGCAUGAAGACUUUGACGUUUUCUUUGGCGUUGUCAGCCUCCCCUCGCCGCUCUCGCACCUCCAGCCCCCGCUCGCCCGGCGCCUCGAUCUCAUCGUUGUCCCGCGCACCCGCUUUGCCGUCACCUCGCUCUACUUUACCGGCUCGGCCAUGUUCAACCGGCUGCUUCGGAUCCACGCUCUGGCGCUCGGCUACAAGCUCGGCAACGACAAGAUCUUCCCGGUCGACGACCUUGGUCUCCCUGCUGGCCCGCCCGUCGCAGUAUUAACCGAAGCCGACGUCUUUGACCUCCUCGGCCUCCCCUUUGUCCCGCCGACCUGGCGCAACAACAGCUGA